AUGAAAACAUGAAAAGCUAAAUAUAAAUACAUAAAAUAAUAUUUAAAUUGUGAAAACGUUCAUUUCCAAUUAACACAAUGAGUUGUAACUAUGCUGAAGGCUUGAGUCCGUACCACAAUAAGGGUAUACUGGGCUUACCAGAGCGUUUCGAUAGCGAUGAAGAAUUGGAAAAAAAAUGUUUGAGGCUAGUGGAUAUAUUGGAGACAGCCAAAUAUGUGGUGAUACAUACUGGAGCAGGCAUAAGCACAAGUGCUGGUAUACCAGAUUUUAGAGGUCCAAAUGGUGUCUGGACGUUAGAGGAAAGGGGUGAAAAACCCAACAUCAAUAUAUCAUUCAAUGAUGCGGCUCCUACUAAAACGCAUAUGGCAUUGCGAGCACUAGUAGAGCGCGGUUAUGUCAAAUAUAUUGUUAGUCAAAAUAUAGAUGGUUUACAUUUAAAAUCUGGUCUGGCACGUAAAUAUUUAGCCGAACUACAUGGUAAUAUGUUUGUAGAACAGUGUAACAAAUGUCUCCGACAAUUUGUGCGCACAAGUGCAGCUCCAACAGUUGGUAAAAAACCAUGCGGCGGUAACUGUCGCGCAGGAGCAAAUAAAGAGCGUGCAUGUCGUGGUGGCUUGUUAAUAGAUAAUAUUUUAGACUGGGAACAUGAUCUUCCAGAAAAUGAUCUUGAUAUGGCACAUAUGCAUUCAACUUUAGCAGAUGUGAACAUCACUUUAGGCACAACACUGCAAAUCAUACCUAGCGGAAAUUUGCCAUUAAAAAAUAAGAAACAUGGUGGAAAAUUGGUGAUAUGUAACUUACAACCAACUAAACACGACAAAAAGGCUGACUUUACAGUUUCUGCUUAUGUUGAUAAAAUCUUGAGUAAAGUCUGUAAACGUUUAGGUAUUGAAAUACCAGACUACAAUCCAACAGAAGAUCCCACAAAGACAGCAAAUAGUCCGCCUAUGGACUGGACAGUGCCUAUCCAGUCGGUGAAAGAUUUGGAAAAAUCUUACAAUGCAAAAGUAAAAGCAGCUGCAAAUCUGCGUAAAAUUGGCAAAAAUAAGUUUACGUUUUUCGAUGAGAAAAAAAAUAUGCCAACGAAAAAACAAAAAAUUAAACAUGAAAUCCAAAACGCUGACGCUGACUAAAUAUUAACUUUAAAAUACUUAGUAUAAUCUAGCUUUUAAUUAAAAUUUAA